AUGAAUCCCCUCAAGUGCGCAUUUGGCGUCACCUUAGGAAAGCUUCUAGGCUUCAUUGUCAGGCAUAGGGGCAUUGAAAUUGACCAAGAAAAAAUCAAGGCCAUCCAAGAGAUGCCUGAACCUAAGAACCUCAAGGAGUUGCAUGGCCUCCAAGGGCGUUUCGCUUACAUUCGAAGGUUUAUUUCCAAUUUGGCAGGCAGAUGUCAUCCUUUUAGCCAUCUCAUGAAAAAGGAUUCCCCAUUCAAAUGGGAUGACUCCUGUAAAAAGGCCUUCGACGAAAGUAUCAAGAAGUACUUGUCUUCUCCUCCCGUCUUAGGGGCACCAAUAAAAGGGAAAGCACUCAUACUUUAUUUCGCAGCGCAGGAUUGA